GUCAUUUUGGGAUGAAGGCUCCAUGCGCACUUAUGGCCAUCUGAGUUUGGGACAGUGGCACAUGCUUAAAGAAGAGAACGCACAAACGUUGGACUUAUAAAUUGGUAGCAGUUCUUUUUGAAUACUCUAUUUUCACCUGAACAUUGUGAACCCAAAAAGAUCAAAAUGAUGACCAAACCCUUUGGAAAGAGCGGCGAUGUGAGCGAGCUGGUGAGCUCCCUGGCCUGGCUGGAUGAGGAUGGCAGCUCACAGGAUGGAGAGGAAAGCCCUGACACGAGGGGACGCCACAGCCUGAUAGCAGGGGGUUGCAACCACUCCUGCACAGAGCUGGGCAGCGAGGACAUGGAGGAAGAAGAAGAGGAAGAUGAGGAGGAGACAGGUCAUAAUAGAGAAAAUGCUCCCAAAAGAAGAGGCCCUAAGAAGAAGAAGAUGACCAAAGCUCGGCAGGAGAGGUUUCGCGCUCGUCGCAUGAAGGCCAAUGCCAGAGAACGUUCACGCAUGCAUGGACUGAAUGAUGCCCUGGACAAUUUGCGCAGAGUGAUGCCCUGCUAUUCCAAAACACAGAAGCUAUCAAAGAUUGAAACAUUACGGCUGGCCCGCAACUACAUCUGGGCGCUCUCUGAGGUGCUGGAGAGCGGCCAGUCUCCAGAGAGCCAUGGCUUUAUGGAGAUGCUGUGCAAAGGCCUCUCUCAGCCCACCAGUAACCUAGUUGCCGGCUGCCUGCAGCUGGGACCCACUCCACUACUCAUCAACAAGCUAGAAGACAAGUGUGGAGGCCCAGGGUUGGUUGUUGUGGGCGGUCAGGCAGGCCAUCCCCUCAGCUACCCGUCCCCGGGGCUCCCCAGCCCCCCUUAUGGUUCCCUGGAGGCGUCCCACCUCCUCCACAUGAAGGGAUUCAAGGGGCAGGCGUUUGACAACCCCUCCCCUAACGAGUGCAGCAGCGGCACCCCGCCAUACGAUGGGCCCCUCACACCCCCACUCAGCAUCAGUGGCAACUUUGCCCUAAAGCAGGAGCCUUCGCCCCAUGAGUCAGAGAGAAGCUACACAUCCCACUCCGGCCACCACGCCCAUUACCUCUCGUCCCACCACUACACUUCCACGACCGGUGGCCUACCCGGGGGGCACCAGGGCCACCCACUUUUUCAGGCUUCCCGUUAUGAGCUUCCCUUAGAUGUGGCUUUUGACUCCUUCACUUCCUCUCAUCUGCUGGCUUCUCAGAUGAGUGCUAUGUGAAAAUGUCCUUUGCAUCCACUGACUGUACAGAGACUGCUGUGAUUUGCAUUAUGGUGAUAAUCUGAGAGAACAGCCACCUCUCAGAGACUAAUCACCUCACAUUAAUCUACCUGAUACCUGUCACCUUCCAUACUUUAUUUAUUUGUUUUUGUUAUGAUUUGAAGUUGAUAUCUGGAUUAUCAUUACAACUGUUACAAGCAUCACAAGGAUUUUCCAAUUGCAGGGUUUUAACAAAAUUAAAAUCAAAAGAUGAUCCACACAUGCCAUCCAUCCUAAAUUGUGCACUGAGGCCUACAUAGCACAGCCACUGACCCUCUUGCCAUAAGAAACGCAAAACAUUUAUUUAUGUCUGUAUUUAAUAUUUAUUUUGGUCAUGUCUUUUUCUUUGUUUCACUGUCUUCUUGGUUUGUUAUCAGUUUGUCACACUGUAUUUAAUUUAUUUAUUUGAGGUCUUUCAGGUACUUGCUCAUUUGGUCUCAUGUUUUUUUGGUACUAUUGCUGUACAUAUUUUUGCUGUUUCGCACUUAAUU